CAGAUGUGCUUCUGAUGCGUACUAUGGAGUACAGUCAGAUUUUUGUUUGCUAAUUGUAGCAAAGUUGACGGGUUAAUUAUCUGCUUCCUGUAUGAUUCUAAGAAACAAUGUGUUUCAAGGUGUUUUUGUUUCUGAUUGGAGCUGUGUACAUCAACUGUCAGAUCAUUUCAGAAGAUGUCUACAUUGCUGAGCUGAUGGUGGAAAGUAAUGUCACACUGGAUGCCCUGACCGUCCUGGGGGCUCUGAAGAACAUAACUGACCUCAUAGUGACCGUUAAUGUUCAACUGCCCUAUAAUGCCACAUUCACCCUUCAACGCACUGAACUAAUAGCAGAGUGCCUGAUUAUUGGAGAUAAUACCCAAUGUAACUGCAGUACCGGGUACAUUUGGAGCAACCAAGUGUGCUACAAUUUUAACUGUUGUCGUGAAAGUCCUUGCAACCAAAAUGUGUCCAACAUCACACCACUUUGCAUUGCCAAAGUCCAAGUUCGCAUUAAUGGAUCAGUCAUCAGACCCACCCCAUUUACAAUAACUGACAUAACUACACAGCUUCAAAACGAAUUUGGAAGACUGAAUGGCUUUGAGUCCCUGAAUGUAACCAAUCAGAGCAACACGGUUGUUGGCUUUGAGGCAGCUGUCAGCGUCAAAUUUAACACUUCUACACUUCAAAGCAUUGUGACUGGCCUGGAAUCUAAGCUUCAAGCUGUACUUUGGGUCGACGUUGUAGGAAUGGUCACCAUAGAGUCCCCAAGUGCUACAGUGUUGUACGAGUCUGACCCAGUACUGAAAUGCACAUUUGAGGAGGCGUCAGGGAGUGCUGGCUGGAACAUGAGCACGCAGUAUCAGCGCUUUGAGCUCAACACAGGCAGUGUGGUGAAACUGGACUACACCUGUGUCACACAGGAAUACAAGUCUUGUGUUGCAGUUACACUCCAGAAGGUGACAGGCCUCUGGUCAGGCACGUACGAGUGUGGAUUCACCACUGGGUCAGUCAGGCAGACAGCCAAGGCACAACUAAAUGUGGCACUCCUGCCUGAUGUGAUCACCUUGACAAUCAAACCUCUUACUGCAGACUGUUCAGUAGUGCCGAACCCAAAGACUGUAGCUAUACAGGUCAAAGCCACCAUCGCAAACAGCACAGAGAGCUUUGUCGUUUGGUGGACUGACAGUGGUGGAAUGGAAUACAAUCUAAAUAACCAAACUAAUGGAGGUAACCUGGUCUAUAAUUUUAACGCUGAUGUCAGUUGCCAUUAUACUCCCCAAGCACAAUACAUAAAUGUCACUUUUCAGAACACAAUAGGACAAACAAGAAGUGCACAAGUGAAUAUCCCAGUAAUUUAUGUGGGUUCACAGUUUUGCAAGGACGAUAUAAUAGAUCAAGAGAUUUGGCCAAAAACCCCAGGAGGUGCCACAGUGAUUAAACGAGCAUGUGAAGUGGGCAGGGUUGGCUAUAAGUCGCGUACUUGUCAAGGCACUACCUGGAUACCGGUGACCUCCUACUGCGUCAGUGAAGAGCUGAACAAAGUUGUAGAUGCUGCAGACAACUUCGUGAAGGGACUAGGGGCUACCCAGGACGUGGCUAUGGUUAUAUUUGGAGGACUUAAGAACAGCUCUAUUGCUCUAUUGGGUUCUAAUUCCAGUAACUCUAUGGCCGACAUUAGAGCUUCCGUCGAUGUUCUUAAUGCGAUGUCCAUUGGAUCAAAAAAUGUUGCCUUGCAAGAUAAUCUCUUUCCUGAUUUUAUUAAGGCAGCAAGCAAUAUGUUGAACAAGACCUGGAGUGGAGUCAACAAUUCUGUUGUUCAGAACAUCUCAUCGACCUACCUUCAGUCUGUGGAGGAUCUGGUGAAGAAUAUCAAGGUCAACACGAGCAAUGGAGUGAAGAGUUCUAAUUUAGACCUCAAAUUCUGCUCUAGGAGUGACUGUAAUAUUUCUGUUUUUGACAUUAGCGUGAAUCUGAACAAGACCAACGGAAUAAUGAAAACUGUUGCUGUGAAAAAUCUAAUGGAUAAAUUAAGAAACACCUUCAAAACAUCAGAGCCAACAAGCCUCUUAAUAUCGGCCACAAUUGAGAACAACAACGAUUCGUCUUUAGGAAUUCGACUGCAGUUCCCCCAGAAGCCGCUGAAUCCCAAAACUAAACCUGUCUGUGUCUUCUGGGACACCAAAAACAGCGAGUGGUCAACUGUUGGAUGCACUGCCAAAACUAGUGAUGGUAACGGCACAGUCUGCGAAUGCAACCACCUGACUGCGUUCUCUGUCCUCAUGUCCAAGAGCAAUGUAUCUGAUCCAAUCCUAGAUAUGAUUACCAAUGUGGGCUUGGGUGUGUCCAUCUGCUCCUUGCUGAUCUUCCUCAUCGUUGAGUCUCUAGUGUGGUCGGCUGUGGUCAAGACCAACCUUUCCCAUUUCCGUCACACAGCCACAGUGAACAUUGCCAUGUUCCUCUUGCUCGGUGACUGCAGUUUCUUGGCUUCCGCCUCUCCUCAGAGUCUCAGCGAAACCUGGUGCCUAGUUUUGACAAUAUGCAAGCACCUGUUUUUCUUGGCCAUGUUCAGCUGGAUGCUGUGCAUGAGCGUCAUGCUCGUCCACCAGCUCAUCUUCGUCUUCAGCCCGCUGAGGAAAAGAGUCUUCAUGUUCCUCUCCAGCAUCGUGGGCUAUGUUUGCCCAAUGUUAAUAGUGGGAUCCAGCUAUGUGUAUUGCAAAUACACCAACACGUCCUACUAUGAUAAGGAUAAAUGCUGGCUAGUUUAUGGGGGACUUUUGCAGGGUUCCACGUAUGCUUUCUUCCUACCUAUUGGAACUGUUAUUUUGACAAAUCUCUUUUCCAUGGUGGUCGUCAUUCUUACGCUCUUAAAGUCCUCGGCCCCUGAGGGCAGCAAGGCAGAUGACAAGGAGACAGUCAAAAGCAUCCUUAAAGUGGUGGUCUUUCUAACGCCUGUCUUUGGAGUAACAUGGGUUUUUGGCUUCGGUCUCCUCCUACUGGUUGAGGAGACUACCCUGUUUAUUAUUGCUAACUACAGUUUUACCAUCCUCAAUUCCUUCCAGGGCCUUUUCCUUUUGAUAACAGGGGUUUUUGCAGAGCAGAAGGUUCGCGAGGAAAUAUUUAAGAUCAUAACGGGAAAAUCAAAAGGAAAAACUGAGAGCACUAAGAAUUUGAAUUCAACCACAUACACAAAAGACAAAUGAAGACCAAGAUUAUGGAGACGGAAACAGCAACUCAGAUGUACUGUAUGCAGCGUCACUUGUAGCCUACAACUCUUAAGAGUCAAUAUAUUUACUAGACCAGGGGUAGGCAACCAUAGGCCCGCGUGCCCCCAUUGGCACGUAGUGGCUCAACCAAUGGCACCCUAGCAAUAAGUGCAAGAGAGUUUUUUGGAAAUGUUCCAAUCCCCAGGCCAAAUGAGCUCUUUCACAGCCAUUUGCAGGAGCACAGCCUGUUAUUUAAGGUAGUUUUUCCCAUCCGCAUUCGGUGACGACCCGCCCUGCUCUGCCUCUGAUUGGCCAGUACUUUUUGCCUUCUUCACAGAAUUCUGUGCAAUGGGGAAAAAAAAUAACACGGUGGCAGGCUUAAUGCAGAUAUGGCAAACUGAUUAACUAGAACAUUUUAAAAUCGCAAUUCCUAUUAAAAAGGUUGCUGAACCCUGUACUAGACAGUAACAAACGUAUAGAUGAAUAUCAUAAAACUAGGUUAAUUGUCAUAUAAAGUAAAUAGAACACUGAUGUUUUGAUAAUUUUUCUUGAUUUGGUAGAACUGACUGAUUAUUAAUAGUAGUAGGACUAGCACUGAUGGUCAUCAUCCUCAGCUGAGGCUGACAAAGAUUUCACAUUAAGUCAAAUCCUGCUGUAGGAAGUUGUAUGUAAAUCUAGCUAUGUUUUUUUUCUUAAUGAUAAGAUUAUUUAUGAUUUGCAUUAUAAGUGCCAUAGAAGUGACACACAAUACUGAACUGUUAUUUUAUAGCUUUAAGGAGAGGCUUUGGAUCCAUAGUGACUCAAAGUACUUAAAAGGUACUUUGGGUAUUUUUCAACCUGGAUCCUAUUUUCCCAUGUAUUGAUGUGUAAGUAACUAAUGUGAACAAAAAUCUUUGAAAUUGGCCCAGUAUUGAGCGAGAAAGCUGUAACCGGCAGCAGCAAACCGGGCUGCUAAUACGCAUUCUCAAUUUCGACCACUAAAAGUGCUGUUUUUGCCACCGACAAACUCAGAUUAUAAUUCUAAGUAUGUGAAAACAUAAUGGAAAGGAUCCCUACAGAGAUAGACAUUUUUGUUAAGGAGUAAAAUCCUUUUUGUUUAACCAGAAACAGCUCUGAAAUUGCAAACUUCAAAGAUUGUUGUCUCAUCAGUCACUCAGACACAGAAACAGGGAAAAAAGGGUCCAGGUUGAAAAAAGACAAAGGGACCCUUUCACUAUUUGUUGUGAAUUAUGUAAACCUAUAUUGAGUUGACUGUAUAAUAGAACAUAGAUUUUGGCUUGGUUUGAUAAUGUUGAUUGAAAGGAAAGUCUGUAAAUCUACACAAUUCCAAGUAAACUAUAACCUCUACUUUGUGUGUCUAACCAGCGUAUGUAUCUAAAAAGAUGUAUUGAAAUAAAUGAAUAUAAUGUC